AUGACCCGCUCGUUUGUCUCCGACGCAACCAAGGACUCGCCGGUCUGGAAGCUCGGCCACCUGAACCACGUCGCCAUUGCGGUGCCCGACAUGGAGCAGGCCACGUCGUUCUGGCGCAACAUCAUGCAGGCCAACAAGGUCAGCGACAGCGUUGCGCAGCCGGACCACGGCGUCUACACGGUCUUUGUUGAGCUGGGGAACACCAAGAUCGAGCUUCUGCAUCCAUACGGUGACAAGAGCCCCAUUGCAGGCUUUUUGGCCAAGAACAAGAACGGCGGAAUCCACCACAUUUGCAUUAACGUCGACAACAUCAAGGAGGCUCUGAAGACGCUGAAGGAGAAGGGCGUGAGGCCGCUGAGCGAGGAACCCAAGAUCGGAGCGCACAACCUGCCUGUCGUGUUCUUGCAUCCUAAAGACUGUGGCGGCGUGCUGGUCGAGCUCGAGGAACACGCUUAG